AUGGUAAAGAAUAAUAAUAAACCUCCCCUGCUAUUGGCUCCACAUUACAAGGUACAGUCUUUCUACAGCGUGUUGAGCCGCACCGCAUCCAUUCCGGUCCUCUGCGACAAGGUGGCCCUCGGUUGGGACCACGGCUGGCUCGUCCUCGUGGACAGCAAAAAAAAAGACUACUGCCUCUGGAACCCACGAUUAAUGGACCACUGGGCCUUAUACACCAAUUGUGUCCUGUCCGGGCCCCCAACCGAGCCUGGAUGCCACAUCUUGUUCAAUGGACCAGGCCACAUGAAGCAGAAAACUCUCGAUUGCUCGGUACCUCUCGAGAAACGUAACUGGAUCACGUGGUACGAGAAUUACAUCAUGGAGUCGCCACUCCUUGCAGCCGGCGAGCUCCUGUUGGUGACUCGAUUGAAGCUAUAUCGAAAACGUGCGGUGGGGCGGGCGGAGUGUGAGGAGCUAGACGGCAUAGGCGAGCACACCAUUUUCUCGAGUCACCAUGGUAAUGGCUACUCAACGGGCACGCUUCUUCAGCCCAACUCUAUCUAUUACACCGACAUGACACGCAUGAUUAUUUAUGUCUAUGAUUUGGAAAUGGGCAGUAUACGUACCAACCCUUUGCCCACGCCUAAUGCUGGCAUAGCAGUUAACAAUUGGGUCGGCCCAACUGAUAUUUUGGAACCGCUCGACUUAUGA